UAAGCGAUCAUAGCCGUUCCCUAAAUAUUUAGUUUAAUGAUUUAAAAAACUGAUUUGUAAAAAAGAGAAAACAACUGAAUUGUAAGUAAUUUUGAAAAAAUAAUUUCAUACAAAGAAAAAAGAAAAAACAGAAGGACUCGGAAUCCACAACGGCGUCUAAAGUAGUUCAAGUGCUUGUCUUCUCCACUUCAAUUCAAACACACACACAGUCUCUCACUUAAAACCCCAAAUUCACAAACCCUUCUUUAAAACCCAAACAAUGUCCACAACAGAUGACACAGCAAUCGAUUCCUACAAACCCUACAAUCUAACCCAAACACUAACAGGCCACAAACGCGCAAUCUCCUCCCUCAAAUUCUCCUCCGACGGCCGUUUCCUCGCCUCCUCCUCCGCCGACAAAACCCUAAAAACCUACUCUCUCUCUCCAUCAAACCCUCCAACCUCUCCUCUCACUCCUCUCCACGAAUUCCACGGCCACGAGCAAGGCGUCUCCGACGUAUCCUUCUCCUCCGAUUCCCGCUUCCUCGUCUCCGCCUCCGACGACAAAACCAUCCGUCUUUGGGACGUCACGACUGGGUCCCAAAUCAAAACCUUAAAUGGCCACACCAAUUAUGUGUUCUGUGUCAAUUUUAACCCUCAAUCUAACAUGAUUGUGUCUGGUUCUUUUGAUGAAACGGUGCGGAUUUGGGAUGUUAAGACUGGGAAAUGUUUGAAAGUACUUCCUGCACAUUCUGAUCCUGUUACUGCUGUUGAUUUUAAUCGGGAUGGGUCUUUGAUUGUUUCUAGUAGUUAUGAUGGAUUAUGUAGAAUUUGGGAUUCCGGUACUGGUCAUUGUGUCAAGACUUUAAUUGAUGAUGAGAAUCCUCCUGUUUCUUUCGUUAAGUUUUCUCCUAAUGGCAAAUUUAUUCUUGUUGGCACCUUGGAUAAUACUUUGAGGCUGUGGAAUUCCUCAACAGGGAAAUUUUUGAAGACAUACACUGGGCAUGUCAAUUCCAAGUUCUGCCUUUCAUCCGCCUUUUCUAUAACAAAUGGGAAGUACAUCGUCAGCGGUUCUGAGGAUAAUUGUGUAUAUUUGUGGGAACUUCAGACCAGGAAAGUGGUUCAGAAGUUGGAAGGCCACACUGAUACUGUAAUAUCAGUUGCAUGUCAUCCCACUCAAAACAUGAUUGCUUCUGGUGCUCUUGGCAAGGACAAUACCGUGAGGAUCUGGACUCAGGGAAAAGAAUGAUUAAAUAUAUGGUUGCAGUUCCAUAUCAUGAUUCCAUCUGUGCAUAAGUGAAGAUUUUUACCAUGAAGGGAGUAUUGUUGGGUUGGGUUUUGGUUGGAGCUUCUACUCUUCAAUUUUCUAUCUAGACCCAUGCCAUUGGUACGUGAGAGCAUGAGAUUCUUACCCUGUUUGCCCCCUCACCAAGUCCAUGUAGUUUAAUAUGCUUAAUUGCCCUGCCGAUGUACUUUAGGACUUCUGACUUGUAUCAGCUAAUGUUAAAAGUAGCAUCUGCGUUUUGUCCUCUUGA